AUGGAACCAAAAAAUCUAUUCGACAUCGGCGGAACUACCGUAAUCUCUGCGACGACUACGCCUCCGGGCGGCACGAACUUAUUUGCUAUCAUCGGGAUUAUUGUGGUGAUCAUUAUUUCGGCGCUGGUCGUUUUUCUAAUAAUUCGUAGGAUAUUUUUCCCAAAAUGGACGCCAAGAUUCCUCCGAAAAUGGUUAACGGGUGUCUCAGCCCGUCUUCUCGAACGUGCUGGAGUCGCCCCGCCGGUGAUCCACGAAUUCCAGUCGACAAUGCGCCAAAGUGACUAUCCAUGUCCCGAUCAGCCAGGGAGAGUACAAUCUACACGACAAACUGAUGGAAGUUAUGACUAUCCAAUGAUGAGUCCGCCAAAUAAAGAGGAUCUCUGGGAAAUCGAGCCGCUCUCGCUGCAGAUUAGCAGUAAUAAGCUUGGGGCUGGAGCGUAUGCCGUGGUGUUUUCGGGGAACCUACGAGGUGCUCCGCCUGUUACGAAGGUUUUUCCGACGAUGCAGUUAUCCUACGUACUCUCACGGGAACAAAACGAAGUUGCCGUCAAAUUAACCCACCCAAAUGCCAAAAAGGAAGAAAUAAGUGAAUUCCUGCAAGAAAUUGUUUUCAUGAAAGAAUUGGAAUACCAUCCACACCUCCUGUCGAUGCUGGGCUGCUCUUCUGACCCCAGAUAUCCGGUUCUAAUCACCGAAUACUGUGAACGGGGCGACCUACUGCAUUUAUUGCGCCGAAUUGAGGAUGAUAAUUUUAAGGAUACAGAACGGCUUACGAUUAAUGAGCUUCUACCAAUUGUUUGGCAAGUCAGCGACGGAUUGGUAUAUUUAACGGAGAGAAAAAUUAUCCAUCGAGAUGUGGCGGCGCGAAAUGUGUUGAUAACCAAGGAAAAUAUGGCAAAAUUGAGCGACUUCGGCCUUUGUCGCUACAGUAACGAAAUGUUUUAUACGACAAGGGGCGGAAAGCUGCCGAUAAAAUGGAUGGCCCCGGAAAGCCUGGAAUUUGCUAUUUUUAGCAGCAAAACAGACGUGUGGUCAUUUGGGGUGCUUCUUUGGGAGGUAUACAGCUUGGGGAAGACGCCGUACUGCUCCGUACAGUCUGAUGAAGUACUACCGUAUCUGAGGGCUGGGAAUAGGCUGGGUGUUCCGGAGAAGAUUCCGGAAUGGAUGACCACCAUGAUGCAAAGCUGCUGGGAAUCAAAGCCUGACGAUCGACCCGACAUUUCGACCAUUCAAAAAUCAUUUUAUGCUAUUAUGGAGUCCGACUCUAAUUAUGGAUACCUGCAAUUUAGCAAAAACUACUACACAACUUCUCCACAGCGAGCACCGCCAAAUGAAUAUGUAAUUUCG